GAAUUGUUUCUUCACCGGGGAGGUUCAACUACUACCAACCUUUUCUCCCUUGGCCAACAAACCAUUUUAAUGUGACAAUAAAUUCAUUUCUGUGUCAUCUGCUGUUGGCACAUGUUUAUGCCCAUCUUUCAACUCUCUCUCUCUCUCUCUCUCUCUCUCAAUAUUUGUUCCAACCAAGGGGGGUUCACGAAGGUUGUGCAUGUUGGGUUAUUUCCAUGACCCAUUUUGCACUGAAGAAAGACCCAUGUUAUUCUGUAAUGGUUGUGUUGUAUUGUUUGGCAUCUUUGUUUGCCUAUUAAAAACCAAGAGCAGAGAGAAGAGUACAAAGACGACGAAGCUAACAUGUGUCUUUAGUUGUACCAAUGAUUUUCUCUAUUCACAACCACAAAUAGCCAUCUUCGUAAAUCUUGCCCCCCACCACAACCUCACUCUGUUUCCCAUUCUCUCAUCUCAUAGGUUAUUUAAACUUAAAAAUAGACAGCUGUUGUGAGCUGGUGCUGGCUGUGGUGGUGCUGGUUUUCACAGAAAUGGCUGUGUUAAUAGGCCAAACCAGACCAGUUUUGAAUUUCAUUGGCAGAACCAUUAAUGUAGUCUUGAGCUGCAUUGUCUUCUCUCUCUUUGACAUUGUUGAUUUCCUACUGUGUUAUGCUUACAAAGUUGUUGAUUUCUUGAUUGAAGCCCAAUGGAAGCCUUGUUACUGCUCUUCAACUUCAACCAAACAAGCCUUAGGCAUCACCAGCAGUGGCAAGAUCUUGGUCUCCGAACAAGGCGAGUCUAAGAUUGUUUGCCUCACUUCUUCAACCAAGUUAGAACUUGAAGACAUCUCUGACACCCUCUACACUCGUCCUUCGUUAGUCUCCGAUGUCUCCAAAUCUAGCAUCAAUUUGGAGAAGAUAUUCAAGAGAGGCACAGUCCGAUCAACAUUCACCGUAAGCUCCACCAUUGUCGAAAUGCUACAAGGACAGAUCGGACGAGGUCACCAAUCACUUCCCAUUCCCACCCCCAAUCCCAGAUGGUCCGACUGUGAUUGCAAAACUUGCACUUCUUGGGCCUCUUCCUGCAAAGAAACUCUUUUUGUCCGAGUUGAUGGAGCCAAAGAUAACAUGCAAGAAGAUGUGAUAUUUAUUCAUGGGUUCAUCUCAUCUUCUGCAUUUUGGACGGAGACAUUGUUUCCGAAUUUCUCAGAGUCUGCGAAAGCAAUGUAUCGGCUAUUCGCCAUCGAUCUACUUGGUUUUGGAAGAAGUCCGAAGCCAACUGACUCCCUUUAUACACUAAGAGAGCAUUUGGAGAUGAUCGAACGCUCUGUUCUGUUGCCUUACAAAGUAAAAUCGUUCCACAUUGUGGCACAUUCACUAGGUUGCAUUCUAGCCCUUGCACUCGCGGUUAGACACCCCGGCUCUGUCAAGUCCCUAACUCUACUUGCACCACCAUAUUUUCCAGUACCAAAGGGUGAACAAGCGACACAGUAUUUGAUGAGGAAGUUGGCACCAAGGCGAGUGUGGCCGCUAAUUGCGUUCGGGGCAUCCAUAGCUUGCUGGUAUGAGCACAUCAGCAGGACAGCUUGCCUCCUCAUAUGCAAGAACCACCGCCUUUGGGACUUUCUCACCAAACUUGUCACCAGAAACAGGAUCAGAACGUUCUUGAUCGAAGGGUUUUGCUGCCACACCCAUAACGCUGCAUGGCAUACCCUACACAACAUCAUAUGUGGGACUGCUGGCAAAAUUGAUGGAUACUUGGACACCGUCCGAAAUGUUCUAAAAUGCAAUGUCACCAUAUUCCAUGGUAGAGACGAUGAACUCAUUCCUGUAGAAUGUAGCUACAAUGUACAAUCUAGAAUUCAUCGUGCACGUGUUAAGGUGAUUGAGAACAAAGAUCAUAUCACCAUUGUAGUCGGAAGACAGAAGGCAUUCGCCAGAGAACUUGAAGAAAUUUGGAAGUUGUCUUCAACAGAUUAUUAAUUGAAACCUCUCUUUUUUGCAAUGCUAGACAGAAGAAGUGAAGACAAGCACCAGAUUAUCCUAUAUAUCUAACCAAUUCAAGAUGGUCUUGAAAUUUGGCAUGUUUUCUCCCGUAUCUUUUCUUCAUUCAUCAAGUAUGAACUUUUAGUAAGGCCUAGUGAAAUAUUAGCCAUUAUUUUUUUUGGGAUAUGAAUGCCUAACAA